AAGUCUGUUGUUGAUUUUGUCGAACAUUAAGGCACUGCGUGUCCCAUAGAAUGAAGUGAACAUUGGAAACACUAUCCCCCUGAUUGAGCUGUGCUGCUCUUAGGGGCCAUACUCUGUUUCAGUUGUCUCGGAAUACAGCAGUAAAGGCUAACGGGUUUACCUCACUGCGGACAUCAGGGGAGCACACAGCCUGCUGGUUUGAAAAUGAUGGAGGAGGAUAGAGAGGGUUUACUCCGUGUGAGUGCCCACACGAUCCGGGUCACUGAGGCUGUGAGAGAUGGGGACUCACUGACUUUUAUAGUCAUCUCUCAGAAGUUGUCAGGCAGUGGGGAAUACCAUGUUGCCAGGACCCAUGAAGACUUUGAGUGGCUACAACAGUGUCUGUUCAGUCAGGAGGAGGUUCCUGGUGUGCUUGGUGUCAUUUUUCCUCCUUUACCAGCCAAGCCUCAUUUGAAUGCAUCGACCAAGGUUCUGAAACAACUUGGUUUCCUGGUCAUGGGGAAGGAAUGGUGUACCUACUGUAAGGCACUAGAGAUCUAUCUCCAGCAGGUGGCAGCAAACACAAGGCUUAACAAGAACAAAUGCCUGGAAAACUUUCUCACUAGCUCAGAUGCCCCAGGUCAGCAGAGGGUGAGGAAGAGCAUCUUUAAUCGUCUGAGCCAGGCCGUGGAGGGGCUGAGGAAGGAGGGUCACAAGGAUGUGGAUGAUUUUUUCCAGACUGAGCGUGAUAAUAACUUCACCCUCACGGGCUGUUCUAAAUCAGCCACAGAGAGAUUCCUUGACGUGGUGCUGACAGAACAAAAACUGGCAGUGGCCUGUGGACACCUGUCCACUUGUCUGCACCUCUGUGUGGAGCAGAGGGAUGACGGCACUGCCCAGGCUUUCUCACAGAUAUGUGUCAAGCUGUCUGAGGUUGUGGAUCUAAUGAAGAAAAACUUUGAAAAUGUUGCUGAGAACAACUUGAGCACUCUGGGGCUGGGCCUGGAUCUGGAGACCCGAUACCAGGAGGCUAAGAAGGAGAUGCUGUACAGAAGAACCUGUAAGCUGGUGGAGCUUGAGACAGCAAGCAAGAAUGCAGAGAGGGCCAAGCCUAUAAGGAAGGCAGCUAUGGAUGACUUGAAAAUGAAAUCGGAGAAGGAAUUUGAUCAAAUAUCGGGAGUGGCUAAACAGGAGAUAGCACGCUUCCACAGUGUUCAUGUGAAGUUGUUGCAUCAGGCUUUAAUUCUGUGGUGUGAGAAGCAACUUGAAACAGCCAAGGAAACCUCCGCCUCCUACAGCCAGCAUCUGCAGGCCUUCAAAGACCUAGGGGAGUGAUCGUCCCAUGACGGCCACACCCCCUCUGAACAACAUAGUCAUCAAUCUGGAUUUGUUUGAUCACUUUGUACCUGUCAAACUUUUCGCUCCUAAAAAGCGUCAGUGUAAUGAAUCAGCAGAUUUCUCAUUGCAGGAAAUGGCAAUAGCAAGAAUCCAAUAGUUUCGUCCCUCACUCUCACUUUCUCCCUGUUUCUCACACACACACACACACACACACACACACACACACACACACACUUUUUCCUCUGUCUAAACCCUGUCCACUCUCAACCACCCCACAUUAAUGAAGCCCCAUUGGAGUUAAUGGUCUCUUAGCAGAAAGUUGUUGUGUUCCCUGUCUGACGGGUGUGUGCGCGCUGAGUAAACAUUUCUACACCUGCCUCCAUGAGACUCUAGCCACAGACUUGUUUGCCAAGUCUCUGGCUGUGUGUGUCUCACUCCAGUGUCAUUAAUCAGUGCGUUAGACUCCUCCCAAGGACACGACACCAAGGAGACACACACACACACACUCUCUCUGUGGUUGUGUGUGGACUCUGGGAUGUUUUUUUCCUGUUUGGUUUAGAAGGUGAAUCAAUGGAUGUUCUCUGCUCCUAUACUAGCUGUGACUAGGCACCAAGUAUUACUCCAAUUUGACCUAUAACCCUUUAGGCACGUAUUGCAGACCUCAACGGUUUGGAUAGAUCUGAACAAUUUGUGCACAAGGGUGUAGAUUGGGAGGCAGGAGAAAAGUCAGUUUGAUUCCCAGAAAAUAGUGAAAAUCCUGAGAACCCUUGAUUGACUACAAACAAAUGAAAAUGAUUGACUACAACAAAUGAAAUGUCUUUAUUCACAUGCUACAUUAACAUCAAGGGAAGACAAAAUGUUUGAUACCAACUAAUGCAAAUAUUAGGAAAUAAAACAACAACUGAUUGAAAGUA